AUGCGAAUUCGAGUUCGAGGACCGUCCGGUCAGUCCACUAUCAGCUUGGAUGAUUCGGCAACCGUCAAAGAUCUGCAGAGUCAAAUUACGGAGAAAACAGAUUUGGUGACCUUUGAUGUGAAAUAUGGCUACCCCCUCAAGCCGCUCCAGCUAGACGACUAUUCAUCCGAUCAGAAGAUCACAGAAAUUGGGAUCAACCUCAACGGAGAAUCACUUAUAGUGGCCCAAAAAGAGGGCGCCACUCGACCUGGCAACGAUGACGUGCCGCCACAGCCCGCCACAAGCGCCCGCCCACCUCCAGCACAAACCUCAAGGCCGCAGCAGCCAGACUCUGCCGACGAUCCCCCCGAGAUAGCAUCCCCAGAACAUGCCGGAACAUUUGUCCUCCGUGUCAUGCCCGAUGACAAUUCAUGUCUGUUCCGAGCGGUAGGCGCGGCAGUGAUGGGCGAGAUGGACACUAUGGUUGAGCUGAGAUCGAUCAUCGCCGGCGCCAUCCAGUCCAACCCGGGAGAGUAUACGGCAGCUAUUUUGGGCAAGAAGCCGGAUGAAUACUGCACCUGGAUUCAGAAUGAAGACUCCUGGGGCGGUGCCAUCGAGCUCAAGAUCUUGAGCGAGUAUUUUAACAUCGAGAUCUGCUCCAUCGACGUACAGACUUUGAACUUGUUCCAAUUCAACGAGGGGGCGCCUACGCGGUGCAUUGUGGUGUAUUCGGGAAUUCACUAUGAUGUGCUCGCAUUGUCUCCUUCCAGGCCACCUUAUACCCGGGCCAAUCCUUUGGCAGAUGGGGACACCAAGAUUUUUGAGGCCGUUGAUCCAGUCGUUCUGGAAAAAGCCAAAGAAUUGUGCCGAGUGCUGCAAGGCAAGCACUACUAUACUGAUACUUCUGGGUUUACUGUCCGUUGCAAUACUUGUGGCGGUACGUUCACUGGGGAGCGAGGCGCCACCAAGCAUGCCGCGGAAACCGGCCAUUAUGAUUUCGGAGAGGCCAACUAG